ACGAACGUCAUGCGUCACGCCGUAUCGCAUCUCGACACUUCGCGCUAGGUCAUUGACAAUUUUACGUAAUCAUUCGGUGCAUCCGAACGGCUAGCCGAAUUAACAUGCAACGCAACCGGGGACGUGAAAAGUUCGCGUUUUACCAAUGUUUUAUGUCAUAAAAUUUCACGCGACCGCAUCGCCGCUGUCCGCACGAGUUCGGAGUAGGAGAGAGAUGAGCAUGAGGUGUGAUAUCAGCAUGCGCGGAAUGCGGAGCUGAUAUUAAUAUUUAUUUUCACUAUUUUUACUUGUUGCUUGACACGUCCCAUUAUGUGCGAUAAAAAUCUCAAAGACGAAGAAAAAGUGUACGGAAUGCAUUAUAAGGAAGGAACUUGCAUGAGCUGAUGACGAAAUCAAUAAUUGAACAAGAUAAAUAGGCAUUGUCUCUUACACUCUGUUAGUUGAAAAUCUGUUAACUGAUAAGGUUAAUUCCGUGCUGCUAGCUUAUUUCAAGGUCUACUAGAUUGUAAGACAAUAAAAGAGCAUAAGUGCAAAUUGCAUUUAAAUAUAGCUUUGUGAUAAAUGAAAAUGUAUUUGACGAUGAUUCCUCCCUUAAUAAUCGAAAAUGUGAGUGAUAUUUUAGAACCACGAGAAAUUCCUGGCAAUCGGGUGUCCUUAUGCGAGCAAUUGCCGAGUCUUUGCGAAGCCACAUCUAGACGAAGACCAUUCGUCUGGUCAUCCAAUUCACACAACACACCUACUACUGACGUGACUACUACUUUAGACAAAAUGGAAGAAAUAAAUACUUUAGGAUGGGUCGAUUAUCUGGUUAUAGCGAUAAUGCUAUGUAUAAGUGCUGGAAUUGGUGUCUAUUACAGAUUUAGUGGAGGACGUCAAAAAACUAUGGAGGAGUACUUCGUUGCAAGUCGAUCAAUGAGCAUUAUACCUGUCGCUGUCGCCUUGGUGGUCUCUUUCAUGUCUGCUGUUACGCUGCUUGGUGUGUCCGCUGAGAAUUAUACAUAUGGGACACAGUUUGUUGUAAUAAAUCUAUCGUAUCUGUUGGGCACUCCGAUCGUAUGUUAUGGAUUCCUACCAGUAUUCUUCAAGUUGCAGGCGACGAGCGCCUACGAGUACUUAGAAAAACGUUUCGGAAUAAGAGCUAGGAUGAUGGCUAGUUUUGUUUACUUCUUUCAACUGCUUUUAUACUCAGGAGUGGUACUUUAUGCUCCUUCUUUAGCCUUGGAGGCGACAACAGGAAUUUCAAAGACUGCCAGCAUUGUUAUUAUUGGCCUCGUAUGUGCGUUCUACUCAACAAUAGGGGGCAUUAAGGCUGUGUUGAUUACUGAUGUAUUUCAAGGUUUACUCAUGUUUGCUGCCGUGUUCUUAAUUAUUGGCACAGCAGCUAACGGUGUCGGGGGAUUGGGACAAAUCUGGGAAAUUGCAAAGCAAGGACAACGGCUUGAGUUUGAUAGCAUCGAGCUGGAUCCAACGGUAAGACAUACCUGGUGGUCGCUUACGUUAGGUGGUUUAUGUACAUUUUUAUCACUUUACGGAGUAAAUCAAGUACAAAUCCAGCGUAUGUUGACUGUAAAAAAUAUGAAAGCUUCACAAAAAGCCUUGUGGCUAUCAUGGCCUAUUCUAUCGCUUCUUUCGAUUACAACUUGCUUUUCGGGAUUGGCAAUAUAUAGCAAAUAUCAUAACUGUGAUCCAUUUCUCAAGAAAAGGAUUACUUCGCCUGAUAUGCUUAUGCCAUUGUACGUUAUGGACACAGUGUCCAAUAUACCUGGUUUACCAGGCAUCUUUGUUGCAGGUAUCUUUAGCGCAGGCCUCAGCACAAUAUCUGCGGCGCAGAAUUCUUUAGCGGCAGUAACGUUGGAGGAUUACAUGAAACCUUUAUACAAAAAAUGUGUUGGGCAUGAAUUUUCUCCCACAAAAUCAGCUUUCAUCGCUAAAGUGCUUGCUUUUACAUUCGGUAUUAUUUCCAUUGCGUUGGCAUUUUUAGCGCAAUUUUUAGGAGGACUACUUCAGGCUUCAUUAACUAUUUUUGGAGUAGUCGGGGGUCCAUUGUUGGGUGUUUUCACGCUUGGUAUGGGUACUGAAUCGGCAACGGAAAGCGGUGCAAUAAUCGGUGCUCUCACAGCAUUCUCAUUUUUAUUCUGGAUAGUCUUCGGUCAGCCACGUCCAAUACCACCUAAAUUACCUACUACUAUCGAAGGCUGUGAUAAUGUUGCAAAUAUAACAAUGUCCGUUUUACAGAACGUCACGAGCUUCUCUAAAAGCACCGGUGACAGUUCAUACUUCUAUCUGUAUCGUAUUUCGUACAUGUGGUAUUCACCCCUAGGAUUCUUAAUAACAUUUAUACUUGGACUGGUUAUUAGUAACCUAUCUCAUUUGUUUUUCAAGAAACAAAACGAAGAAUUAGACACUAAUUUAUUCUUUCCCGUGUUAGCGCGGCGUAUAUAUUAUAGGCGAUGCAUGGAUGUAGAGAAUGAAAGAAAUUCUUCAUUAAAUAGAAAAUAUUCUCUUACCGACGUAAUUCAUGGGAAAGACGAUGCCGCUGAUAAAAUCUGUACAAAACUUUAAUAGUUUAAUUGUAAUCUUAGCUAGGUAUUAUAAAUACUCCGUACUUAUAAUCGAAAAAAUUGAUGUUUAAGUCACAAGAGAGGGAAGAAAGAAAAUAAAAAUAUUUUUAUCAUCUCGUGGGACCUAAAUAAUAAUUCCAGCAAUUUUAGGAAAACUAGUUAGCAUCUAUGACUUAAGGAUAAGAAU